AUGUCAGUAUUCACGUGUCUCGUGCAACGCGCGGGAGGCUUGAGUAUGAUUGCACUCAGUGCUCUCUGCUACUGGGUUGUCUCCAGGGACUCGAACCUCGAGCAGCAACAAUACAGUCACGAACAGCCCGGUGGUCAAGUCGCAUAUCACUCUCCAGUAUCGACUAUAGGCGCAGGCUCCUGGACUUAUGUCUUCGCAUAUUACUGUCUCUUUGUUCACAUCCUUGUUUGCAUCUUCCCUCUCCGCGCAUGCUGGACAAUAUGGAAACUCACCCAGUCUAUGAAACGAGCGGCGCGUAGUGAUUCGCUACUCGAUUUGAAGAAGCUUGCCUCACGUCAUGACUCAUACGCUUCAGCUUCGAGUUCCGAAACUCUUAUAUCCAGUCGCAUCAGCACUAGUUCCUCUACAGCCAGUGAAGCUGGUGAUUGCGAUCCCGAAUUCUACACGGAUGGUGUCCCGGGGGCCAACGACAACGUGGUCCAUGUCAUUAUCAUUCCAAACUAUAAGGAAGAGGUUGACACGCUGAGAGAAACACUCGACGUCUUAGCAUCUCAUCCACAAGCUCACUACUCUUACGAUGUAUAUCUUGGUAUGGAACAACGAGAGAACACCGCCGAAUCAAAGGCUCUCGGUCUGAUCCAGGAAUUUGUAAAAAAGUUCCGAUUUAUCGAUUUUACUCUUCAUCCGUCAGAUAUCCCCGGGGAAGCUGCUGGGAAGGGAAGUAACAUCGGAUGGGCUGCUCGUAAACUGAGCGAGAAGUACCCAGCAACCAUUAGGGGCAAUAUUAUUGUUACUGGUAUCGAUGGUACUUAA